AUGGACGCAAUCUUGGCAGCUCUCGUAGCUCUGAUGGCACUGGCUGCAGCGAUGGCGGCCGUGCUAAGCACACUCUCCAAAGCUGCGAUUUUCGCUCUCCUAGCGAUCGCACCUUGCGUCUAUCGCUACAGAAAACGCAUCUAUGUUAUCAUCAAAACUUUACCCCGGGAUCUAAAAUUUCUAUGGCGUUAUGCGAAUGGAAUUAUCCGCUCGAAGAGAUGGGGUCGACAGAAUACCACUGUGGCCGAACUGUUUACGAAGCGAGCACUCAAGCAUCCGGACGCACCGUGCUUUAUAGUGGUCGAUGACCGCACAUGGACGUUUAGAGAGAUGGCAGAAAAAUCCAAUCAAGUCGCAAGAGUGAUGCAAGAGCACGUGGGAUUAACACGUGGUGACGUUGUAUGCGUGUUCAUGCCCAACUGUGGGGAGUACGUAUGGACGUGGCUGGGCAUGGCGAAAGUAGGAGCGGUGUCGGCGCUCAUCAACAGCAACCUGCGACACAAGCCAUUGCUGCACUGCAUCCAGGUCGCCAAAGCCAAAGCUAUCAUCUUUUCAGAUAGCUUAGCUGAAGCUAUAGCAGACGUCCGGGAUCAGUUGCCGCCAGAACUGAAGCUUUUCCAGUUGUACGGAACAUGUGCGCCUGGGGUGAUAGACUUCGGUGCGGAGAUGGAGAAACAUCCACCUGAAUACCCCAUAAUCUCUGAUAAGCCACAAUACAAAGACACUCUUCUCUACAUCUACACAUCGGGCACCACCGGUAUGCCGAAAGCAGCGGUGCUGCCUAACUCCAAAUAUUUGUUGGUAGUGGUGGCUACAGUACACAUGCUGGGCUUGCGUUCGUCGGACCGUCUGUACAAUCCACUGCCACUGUACCAUACGGCUGGUGGACUAGUCGGCACUGGUGCAGCACUCGUGGACGGAAUCCCCUCAGUACUACGUGCCAAGUUUUCAGUCUCCAACUACUGGAACGAUUGCAUCAAAUAUCAGUGCACGGUGGCUCAGUACAUCGGGGAGAUGUGCCGCUACCUGCUGGCGCAGCCGGCGCGCGCGUGCGACGCGCAGCACCGCGUGCGCAUCAUGGUCGGCAACGGCAUGCGCCCCGCUAUAUGGCAGCAGAUAGUCGACAGGUUUAAAAUACCCCAGAUAAACGAAAUAUACGGGGCGACCGAGGGCAACGCUAACAUAAUUAACGUGGACAACAAGGUGGGAGCGGUGGGCUUCCUGCCGAAGCUGAUCCCGGAGAGCUUGCACCCGAUCGCGCUGGUGCGGACGGACGAGCAGGGCGCGCUCGUGCGCGGCCGCGACGGCUUCUGCAUCCGCUGCCAACCCAAUGAGCCAGGGAUGUUCAUAGGAUUGAUUGCUCAAGGCAACGCAUCCAGAGAAUAUUACGGUUACGUUGAUAAGAGUGACAGCAACAAAAAGCUGGUCCGAGAUGUGUUCCGCAAGGGCGAUGCGGCGUUCGUGAGCGGCGACAUCCUGGUGGCGGACGAGCUCGGCUAUCUGUUCUUCCGCGACCGCACGGGGGACACCUACAAGUGGAAGGGCGAGAAUGUCGCCACCGCCGAAGUGGAAGACGCCCUCAUCGCUGCAGUUGAGCGGAGGGAUUGCGUCGUGUAUGGUGUUUCGAUCCCGCAGACGGAGGGGCGCGCGGGCAUGGCGGCGGUGGCGGACCCGGCGCGCGCGCUGCAGCUGCACGAGCUGGCGCGCCGCCUCGACCACGCGCUGCCGGCCUACGCGCGCCCUCUGUUCCUGCGCCUCAUGGACGACAUCGAGAUCACCGGAACAUUCAAGCUCAAAAAACUACAGUAUCAAAAGGAAGGCUUCGAUCCAGACGUUAUAAAAGAUCCAUUAUACUUCAGGUCAGGCGCCGACUUCGUACCGAUUACUACUCAGCUUUUUAAUGAUAUUUGCAAUGGAAAAGUGAAGCUAUAG